AUGAGCUCGCCGACGCUCCGACUCGACGACGAGCUCGAGUUCGACCUCUUCCCCGCCGACGACACCCUGUUUGCCCUGUUUGGCGAGCCGUUCCCGGCGAUGAUGGUGGGGCAGCCCCCGCACGCGCCCCCGCUGGCCAACCUGAGUUUCUGCGGCGACCUGCUGGCGCUGACCCAGGCGAUGCUGGCGCUGCUGCUGCACCUCCCGCAGCCGCCCCCCGCCGUCACUCCCAGAAGAGCGCUGCGCAAACUGGUGCUGAACCCGAUGACCACCACUCCUACGGCGUUAAUGCGAAUGCUGCCGGUAAACUUGGCUAACGGCACCCAGGGCGCCAAGAUCCAGAAGCUGGGCCCGCACCGCAACCACCUGCGCUCGCUUCUGAGGCUCUCCGUCGACUUAAAUCAGCAGCUAGCCACGCCGACAAUGCCGCAAGUACCGUUCCUGCCCCUGCAGCCUCAGCUUAGCGGUAGCGCCACCGACGAGGUGACGCCGUUGCCGACACCGACGCUGAACUUGGGGGCGCCGCCGCUGUUCCAGGCGCGCCCGUUAUAUCUGCCAGCGACGCAGCCGCCGCCGCCGUACCCGUUGAAUCGCACCGAUACCUUGGAGCUGAUCAAGAUUGAGGACCAGGACGACGACGCGUUCAAGCAGUUGAAGAAAGCCAAGCUGUACUCGCUGAUUUCGCUGAAACACCCGCGGCCCCAGCAGCCUCUCUCGUUGGUGAACCCACCGGGACUGGCGCUGGUGGCGCUGAUCGCGCCUGGCGUCGACGAUUUCCUGGCGCUGCUGACGCCAGGGAUGUUUUUUGGCGACGCCCUGCCCAUCCACUUUGACCAUCAAGUGAAUCAAGUGCAACAACAGGUUCAAGCUCAGACUCAGGCGCACGCUCAGGCGCACGCUCAAGCGCACGCCCGCUACCCGCUGAUGCGCCCCAAGCCGCCGGUAGACCUCCUAGGCCAGUUUGAUUUUGACGACGUUAAGCCGUACGAGAGCAGCGACGAGCUCACGGGUUUGUUACCGCCAAUGGCAACGUUCUCCACCGCCAAUUCGCUGCAGACGCUGAUGAACUCGCUGUUCUCUAGUCUCCCGCAAAUGACGCCCCAGGCGUACGCGCCGGCGCCCACAUCGGCACACGGAGCGCCGCCGGGAGCACCGCCAGGAGCACCGCCGGAACUGUAUCCGUUUCCGCCGAUUCAGGAACACUACGAAGACAACCAGAUGGUGCCGCCAUCGCUGUCGAAUCCGGAUUACGGCUAUCCGCAACCGCAAAUCAUGUCGCUGUACUACCGCAAACAGCCGCCGGCGGCGCGGGGUUCGCAGGCGCUGCUCCAGAACCUGAUCGCCAGCCAGGUGAGCCAGGUGCUGGACAUGUACGGUGACUUCCCCCUUGGCGACGGCGAGUUUCCCCCCUCGCUUCCUCCUAGCCACCACCUGAGUGUCGGUAGCCAGGAGUGGUGGACGACGAGCCAGCCGCUCAGCCAGCAACCGAGCCACCAGCCUACCCACCAACAGAUGGGGCUUUCGGCGCCGCAGCGGCCAGCUCAAAGCGCCCCUAACAUUCUGACCCACGCCCACCAGCCUCAGGCGGUCUCCGCCGGCACCAGCGCUCCGACGCCGCCAGUGGUGCCGGUAGUAACUGCCGACAUGCACCGCCUGGUGGCGCUGGCGCUCAUGGCGCCCGACUUCAACAUUGACAUCCCCAUCGUGAAGCUGAACCGCCAGGAUAAGCUGGACAAAGCUGACCCCAAGAAGAAGCACAAGUGCCCCAUCUGCGACCUGAGAUUCCAGCGACCGGAGCACGUCAAGCGCCAUUUGAAGCUGCACUCGCUGGAAAAGCCGUUUGUCUGCGACGAACCGCUGUGCAACAAACGAUUCAAUCGUAAGGAUAACUUGAAGGCCCAUUUGAAGAAAAUUCACCACCGCAAGGACUUGUGA